UUGAACUCCUUUGGCCACGCUGCCAAGGUCAGAGGUGGGGUUCUGGUCAACCCUCCAAAGCCCUCCAAAGCGACGGAGACUAGGGCCGACUUGGGCCCCCCCCAAAACCAGAAUGGAACCCGGUCAAACAACCUCCCCCGCUGGCUUUGGCGCAGAACAGUUCCCACUCCUCCCACUCCUCCCGCUGCCACGGCAAACAAACACCGCCCUCCGCCACUCACAGGCUCCCGCGGAACCCGCGGUCGCUCCGCUCGCGGGGGAAGCGAGCGAAGAGACUGGCACCGUGCUGUGUGAUGGCGCUGUGCGGAUGCGGAGCUUGAAAAGGUCACCCGAGCGAGGAGGCCGCAUAGGGGACGGGUGCAGCAUUGGCUAUCGUACACAGGAGGGAGAUCCACUGGAAGAGGCGGAGCUGGGCAGCGAGCGGCUGCCCUGGGCCUUGGAGGUGGUGGCCAAACGAAUGCAAGUGGGAGAUGUGGCGGAAGUGGUGGCCACCGGCGAACACGCCCUGGCCGACGAGGAGACGGUGGCCGACGUCGAGGGCCUUGAACGGCGCUGGCGUUUCGAAGUGGCCACAGUGGCCGCUGGCACAUGCCUGGAUAAGUUCCGCUUGAGCGUGGACGAACGCAUUGCUGCCGCGGACCGGCUGCGCGAGCGUGGCAACCAAAUGCUGAAACAAGGACGCCUUUUGCGCGCGGGUGACUACUACGAGCGUGGCUCCAGCUUCAUGGAUGUCAUUGAAGCUGAAGACAUGGGAAUGCCAGGUGGAAAGAAGGAUGCCAAGGCGGUGGCCAACAACCGGCGCAUUCGCGAGUGUCAAAAGCCAAUCCUUUUGAACUGGGCGCUGGUGCUCAUGCGCAGGAAGCGCUGGUCCGAAGCGGAACGCAAGUGUGCGGAGGUGAUCUUGGACAUCGACAGCUCUUGCGUGAAGGCGCUCUUCCGCCGGGGCCAGUGCCAAAUUCAGUUGGGCAGCUUGGAGGAUGCCAAGAAGGACUUGCAGAAAGCGCGGGACCUGGAUGCCUCCAUUGCUGAUGAUGUGGAGAAAGAACUCGUGAAGCUGAAACGGCAACAGAAGGCGCUGGAUCAGCAGGACCGCGGCUGGGCCCAGAAGGCGCUGAAGAAAGGCCUGGCUGACGAACGGUCGAAGCCCAAACAGCCUACAGCUCAGGACGAGGAUGACAUCGACUGCAAAGUCAAGGACAGUUCCAAGACCCGUUUGAUGCCCGAGACAUCGGCAGGAACAGCUGGCCCGGUUUCGCACAAGGAAGUCCUUGCCGCACAAGAGAAAGCAGCGGCUGAGGCAGGAGUGGAUGACAUCACCUAUGCCAGGCAAAGAGAGGCCAUCUACAAUCAGCUGCUCAUGGGUGGCAGGCCCGAGUGAGCCUCUGGAUGUGCAGUGCCUUCGCCGGUGACCGAAGACCCGUGCCUGAUUAGCGACUGGCCAGCUCACCCUUGGCCAGUGAGACCAA